UGACAUAUUUUAUAAAAUAACGAUAAAAGACGGCGUCAUCUCCCAGUCUUCUCACAUGCUUUAAACAACACAGUCCAACUUUCUCAUCUUCUGGCUUGUUCACAUAUUUACUGUUCACAAAUUUUAUACACUUAUCAAAGGCGAUUUACACGCGAUGGAAAAAAUGAUAUGGAUACUCUUGUUUUCUAUCGGAGGUGUUCUGGCUGAGUAUACAUCGCUGGAAGUCUCUAACUGUAACAAAAAUCCAAACACGCCAGCAACCAUUUCUCAUAUGAAUAUAUCUCCAAUGCCUGUAACCAUCCCUGGUAACUUCUAUUUCUCCGCUGACAUGCAGCUAACCCGCACAGUCGGAGAUUCUUCAAUGGAGAUGUCAAUAAAACGGAAAACGUAUUGGGUUGAUAUCCCUAUACCAUGUAUUUUUCGUGUUGGAUCUUGUAGAUACAACAAUCUAUGUACUAUGGUAGAUGACAUGAUUUCACAAGACUGGGCUGGACUUAUGGGUAACAUCGGGAACCAGAUAAAGACUAUGUUACAUUCCUAUAAUGUAACACAAAACCAGUGCCCACAACCGCCACGAACCUUGUCUAUUCGAAAUUACAUGAUACGCAUGCCUCAGAUGCCCUCAGUACUUUCUUGGUUUGCAGCUGGAGAUUACAGUGCCAAUAUUAGAGUGCAAGAUAAUAUAUCUAAUGAAGAAUUGCUGUGCCUUGAUUUGAAUUUAAGUUUAAAACGAGCAUGUACAGGCUACAGGUGCUAUUUCGGUAAAUAAUCUGUUUAUUUACACACGAAUAUGUUAAAUAAACAAAAAUGUAAACAUAAA